AGAAAAAGAGUAUUGCACUUAGUCUUAUUGCACAUGUGUGGAUGUGUGUGUUUGAUCAGCUGCAAAAGUCUUAAAUUAAAUAAGAUAAGAUGAGAUAAAUUAAAAUGAAAAAGUAAACAAGAGUUCGCAGAGACACCCUUCAACCAUUUUAGGAGCGUUGCACAGUUUGUCCACCAAAGGACACUCUGGAGCUUCCCUUUUGGGAACACGGUGUUUGAAACACCAGAAAAACAACAACCAGCUGAUGGGAGCAGAAUCUGGCAGAAGGUAAAUGAAUAAACAUUUGUGUCUGAAAGAGUAAAAAAUAUUGGGCUAUAUAUUGGAAUAUUGGCUUAUAAAUCACCCCAUAAAGGUACUGGUACUACAAAUUGUAUACUGGCCGGCCUCGAUUAUAGGACAGUCAGCGGCUAACAUGAAUUCCUUCCAUUAAUCUGACAGAUUCUGAACAUUUCAGCUUCAUGUCUGGACGCACAACCUGGUCACUUCUGCUGUGAUGGACCUAGUGACAUUUACAAGCACAAAACUGAACUGCUGAUUAUGACUGGACAUAUAUCUCGUGCUCUCUAUGAGUCGCUCAGCAUAAUUGUUUAUGAGAGUGACAUCAAGGAGCCUUUGUAUGAAUGGCAGGGGAAAGUCUCUCACAUAUUACAGGCACACACAGAGAUGCACAAAGAAACACAAAGAUCAUAGUGGCAAUAGAUCAAAGAUACAAUUAGAAAUUUACAAUACUGUGCAGAAGUCUUAAAUCAUGCCUCACUUCUUUAUAAUUUGCUGCCAAAGAGCCAGACUUUCUAGUCAUUUUUUAAACUGGUCUUGAGCAAUAAUUCUUCGGGCUUCUUCUUCAGACUGAAGGUCUUUUAAUCUUUUUUUUUUUUGCACUGUCUGCUUUCUGACUCAUUUUCAGUCCAGUUCUUGACCUGACCAUUUUCAGAGGAACUUUCUUAUUGUUUGUUAAGCCACUUAAAACUCACCUAUGAAUCAUUCGAGCAUAAAAUUUAGCAAAGAGGCAAUUUUCUUGCUAGUAGCGUGUCAGGAUUAUGCAAAACAUAUAAUUUGUUCCCAGUUUUUUUGAUAAACUAACACAGUUCAAAAGGCAUAAAGUUGUAUUUUUGCACUAAAAAGCUGAUUCCCAAAGAGCUAUUACCUGAAAACCUGGCAUAUUUCAGCAUAGUGUGCAGUGUGUUGUUAAAAAUUUACAGGAAACUAGACAAGUGAAGGAUAAAAGCAGAAGCUGCACGUCUAAAAUAUGUAUACAAUAGAAUAACACUAUCUGAAAUCCAUUUUCUUAAGAAACAGGAAAAAAUCCAGCAAAAACCUAACAUGGUGGAAACUGUGUUGUGGUCUAAGGUUCCAUUUCAACCAGUGGUGUUAGGGAUCCACCACCAGUACCAUCUGGAAAGGAUCUGAUUGACAAAGACUUCCACGGUAGUGGCAGCCAACACAUAAAGAAGAGCUCAGACCACCCUUCAGGAAGCCUGGAGAACUAUUCCUGAAGACUAGCUAAAGGAAUUAUAAGAAAGCCUGACCAAGGCUGUGUUGAAGAAUAAAAGUGGCCAUACCAAGUAUUAACUUUCAACCUCAUUAGAAUUGCACAAAUUCUGUUUUUACCUUAUAUACUAUAUUACCGUGUACAUUUUAAGUGGACCUAUUUUCUGUUUUUCUAACAAAUGUUAAAGAGAUGAACGGUUGCUCAAGACUUUUCCACAGUAUAGUCAAGUGUGGGUACACUUCACCAGACACAAAGACCCCUAAUGUUCUCUGUUACCAACACUGAUAUAAGAGUGACCUGAGUCUAAAUUACUUUAAUCAAAUUAAAUUCACUUCAAUUCAUUUUACAACAACAGUCGCCUCAAGGCGUUUGAUAUUCUAAGGUAAAUACCCUAAAAUAACAGAGAGCCAACUCCAACAAUCAGAUGACGCCUUAAGAGCAAGUACUUAGUGACAGUGGGAAGUAAAAACUCCCUCUUAACAGGAAGAACCAGGCUUAGCGAGGGUCAGCGAUCUGCCAUGACCAAGCGACACGCUUCGGAAGAUAGUCAGAGAUUAAUAAUAAAUAAUGAUUAUUUGCUAAGUGGUGUAUAAAUACAUAGCGAAAGAAAAAAGGUGAGUAAGGAAGAAACAUUCUGCGCCUCGCGGGAAGCCCUCAGCAGCGUAGGCCUAUGGCAGCAUAACUAAGGGAUGGUCAGGGCCUUCUGAUCCAGCUCUAACUAUAUGCUUUUUUAAGAUGGAAAGUAUUAAGCCUAAUCUUAAAGGUAGAGAUGGUGUCUCUCUCCCGAAUCCAACCUGGGAGCUGGCUCUACAGAAGAGGGGCCUGAAACCCUUCCAUUCUACUUUGAAAUAUCCGAGGGACCACAAGUGAGUCAGCCGUCUGAGAGUGAAGUGCUCUUUUGGGAUGAUAUGGUACCAUGAGGUCUUUAAGAAAAGAUGGAGCCUGAUUAUUUAAGACUUAGUAAGUGAGAAGAAGGAUUUUAAACUUGAUUCUGGAUUUAACAGGCAGCCAAUGAAGAGAAGCCAAUUUGAAAGAAAUUUGCUCGAUAUUUCUAGUCCCUUUUGGUACUCUUGCUUCAACAUUUUGUAUCAAUUGAAGGCUUUUCAGGGAUUUGUUUUUAGGAAAAAACGAUAAUAAUGAAUUACAAUCAUCCAGGUAAAUGACAUAUUUGUGUAAUUGUGUGUAUUUGUGCAUUGAAAGAUGUACCGUGGUCAAAAUCAACUCCACGAUUUCUCACAGUGUUCCUGGAGGCCAAGGUAAAGCGAUUCAGACUGAGUAUCUGGUUAGAUACCAUUUACAAUAACUGAAUUUUUAUCUGAAUUUAGAAACAGGAAAUUAGAAGUAAUCCAGGCUCUUAUGUCUUUAAGAUAUUUCCACAUUUUAACUAAGUGUUGUGUGUCAUCUGGCUUCAUGGAUAGACAAAACUGGGUAUCAUCUGCAUAGCAAUGAAAAUGUAAACUAUGCCUUCUAAUAAUACUGCCUAAGGGAAUCACGUGUAAUCCAAAUAGACUUGAUCCUAGCACAGAAUCCUGUGGAACUCCGUAAUAAAAAAAUGAACGAUUUAAAUAAUUAAUCUUAUAUAUGUUUGAAAAAGUGGUUAUUGUGUCAGUCAAAGUUUGAGAUGUACUUUUACGUAUGCUACUAACUCUACCUGAAGUUCUGCCAGACUUUCCCUGUGGACGUGUGACUGGACAACCACUGAAGGCUGCUGUGUUUGUUUUCUUUAGGGCCAUGCUGAGUGACGUUGGGGACUAUGUAGGUACAGACAUUGAAAUAUCCUGGUUACCUAAUCUGGAUGAUUUAAUGAAGGGCUAUGCCAGAAAUUUUCGCCCUGGGAUAGGAGGUCCGCCCGUGAACGUGGCCAUGGCUAUAGAAGUAGCCAGCAUUGACCACAUCUCUGAAGCCAACAUGGAAUACACCAUGACUGUGUUCCUGCGGCAGAGCUGGCACGAUGACCGCCUGUCCUACAAUCACACUAACAAGACUCUCGGACUGGACAGUCGGUUUGUGGACAAGCUGUGGCUGCCCGACACCUUCAUCGUUAACGCCAAAUCUGCUUGGUUUCACGAUGUGACCGUAGAGAACAAGCUGAUCCGGCUGCAGCCUAACGGAGUGAUUCUAUAUAGCAGCCGAAUCACCUCGACAGUGGCGUGUGACAUGGACCUUACCAAGUAUCCCAUGGACGAACAGGAAUGCAUGCUGGAUUUGGAAAGCUAUGGUUACUCCUCAGAGGAUAUUGUGUAUCACUGGUCGGAGAGUCAGAGACACAUUCACGGUUUGGACAAAUUAGAGCUUUCCCAGUUCACCAUCACGGACUACCGCUUUGACACUGAGAUGAUGAAUUUCAAAUCAGCGGGACGCUUUCCGAGGCUCAGUCUUCGCUUCCAGCUGAGACGUAAUCGAGGCGUCUACAUCAUCCAGUCGUACAUGCCUUCGAUAUUACUGGUUGCAAUGUCCUGGGUGUCCUUCUGGAUCAGCCAAUCAGCAGUUCCAGCUCGUGUAUCCUUAGGGAUUACAACCGUUCUAACCAUGACCACGCUGAUGGUAAGCGCCCGCUCGUCCUUGCCCCGAGCGUCCGCCAUCAAGGCGUUAGAUGUCUACUUCUGGAUCUGUUACGUGUUUGUGUUUGCGGCCCUCAUCGAGUACGCCUUUGCUCACUACAACGCUGACUACCGACUCAAAGAGAAAGCCAAGGUCAAGGCCAGCAAGCUCAGCUCCGAGUCUAUCGUAAAGAACGGCAAACAGGCAAUGGUUCUGUUUUCCCUGUCAGUCACCGGCAUGAAUCAGGGCGUGGUCAUUUCCAGCCGCCACGGUCGAGCCCAGCGUUCCAGCAGCGAAAUUCCCGGGGAGGGUGGAACGGAGGAGACGGAGCCGAGGCGGAGAAGGUCCAGGCAACCGGAGGAGCGCGAGGAAGAGAAGAAGAAGUGCUGUUCCAAGUGUGUCUGCAAGCCCAUUGAUGCAGACACCAUCGACAUCUAUGCCAGGGCCGUGUUUCCUUUCACUUUCGCCGUGGUGAACGUGAUCUACUGGGUGGCGUACACCAUGUGAAGAGGAGGCAGCGGGUCUGAUCGAAUGGCUGCCAUCCAGAGCUGUAUAUAAGAAACUGCUGGAGCUGUGCCACUUUAAUGCUGGCAGACUGGUGCAGCAGAAAUAUACUGCAGCCUUCAGUAAAGGCGAGAACUCAUCAGACGAAAGACAAAAUAAAGUAUAAUGGCCUGUGAAUAUGGAAAUAUGGUAAUUACUGGAAGUACGUAGAAGUUUAAGAAGUUUUAAGAGGAUUAAAAUAUAUUUAAACACAAACAAUGUCCUGCAAAGGUGAAGGACUAUGUUGCCUGUGGAAGAUUCACAUACAGCACACAUUUAAUACAGUUUAACUAACAACAAGCACUUCCACAUCGACCUGUUAUAUAAGCCGACUUAACACGAGACACCAGACCUCACGUCCACCAAAACAGCCGUACUGACCACAAGCUCUCCUCUAAACAAAUACAAAUAAGCAUACUUAGCCAGUCUAACUCAGAGCCACAAUCAGUGAACCGCUUGUUAUCUCACAAAGCGAAAACACCACCCAGACAAGAGGAUAACGAGAUGAGGUGUACUGCUAUUCUGCAUGGCUGAGAACUCAUUUCCCCCUCUCCCCUCCCGCCACUGCUAUCCCCUCUCCUUCUCUCUCCCCUUUGGUCCUCCACCCAUUUUUUUUUCUGUUUAUUUUCACGUUUAGGACACCGACUGGAGGGUCUUAUCUCCCUCUGCCAGUUCUGCCUGUUUCCUUGCCAUUAAAGGACUUCCUCCACUA